ACUUCGGGGAACACACACAUUGUUUACAGGUGUGUAUAAAAGGGGCAGCAGAGAACAAAUUAAGGAAACAGAAAACCACCAGACAGAGCCUUCCACACUCAGGAUAGUAAACAGAAGAAGGAAGAAACAAUAAACCUGCAUAUACAAGUGCAGAACCUGAUCUGACUCAUGGAUCACAAGGUUUCCAGAUGGCCCUUUGUGGUAUUUGGAAACUCUACAUCAGUUCAGUUUGAUCACGACAACAUUCUACUGGGAGAAGAAUCACCUCCUCUUAAAGAUGAAGUAUUCUCCAAGAUUGAUCCUGUACAGAUAAAGAUAUCAGGAAGUCAGGUCUCAAUCAUCAACAUGAUUAACCACGAUACUAAACAUCACCUGGACUCUGCGGAUCAGCUCAUUGAUCAACUAAUGCAUGACAAUGAAAUUUCUGCCUUCAUCUUUGUUGUGCGUCUGGGUCAGUUAACAGAUGCUGAUAAGAUGAGUCUUGAAUGGCUACAAAGAGUAUUUGGUGACAGUGUUCUUCAGUUUGUGAUGAUUCUCUUCACUUAUGAGAGAAAAGAAGAGUCUGAUUCUAUAAUAGAUGAUCUGAAGAAAAACACUGUUGAAGAGAAGCUGGUGAAGAAAUGUGGAGGAAGAUAUCACAUCUGCAGCAAAACCAUGAACAACCAAUCUGAGAUGAGUGAACUGAUGAGGAAGAUUGACCAUCUGUCUAAUGAAAAUCAAGACAAGUACUACACUGAACAGAUGUACAGCACACAGUUAAGAGAAAGAAAAAAACAGAAAAAGAAUGCAGUCCGCCGUAACGCCCUGACCAGAGGUCAUACAGAAAAGGAGAUAGAGCUCCUCAUGGCCAGGUGGCUGCAGCUAGCAUCUGAUAGGAAUGGUGGCUGAAGCCAGAAGGCGAACAGGCAGACAACGAAGUAAAUGUUUCAAUGUUAAAACUGUUGAUAUUGGAAAAUAGUAUUUGAACUCAUUGAUUUUAAAUUAAUGGGGUAUGUGUGUAUACCUGGUAAUACAUUUUGAGGUCCCCAUUGUUUUACGGUUCGAAAAUUAGUACCUUUUGCCUAUUCUUUCUAUUCAGGGUAGGCAAGGAUAGUCGAAUCUAAAACUAUAUAGCAAUCACAUUACCUUAAGUAAAGUAAUACUCUAAGAUUAGAUCAUACACACAUAUAAAUGUCAGAAGACUUCCCCGUGGUUGAUUCUCUGAGCUAAGUUCAUGAAAGCAGACGACUUUUUGUCUUAUAAAGUGUAUUAAUACAAGUUGGUUGUUUUGCAAUUACAAGUUUUGCCGAAUUGAAAAGAAAAAUGAAAAGAAAAAAAAAAAUUAGAUAAAAAGUAAGGCAAGAUUUUUAGGCUGUCAGACAAUGGAGAUGCUGGAUGCGGAGUCCAGAUCUGAAUAAGUUCUGCAGCAGCAUCAAUUUAUAGGGACGGUCUCAAGGCCAAAUUCCAGGAUCAUGUCACGCCUUCGAUCCUUACAUUUACUGGGGACUUCCCCUAUCAUCUUCUUAUAUAUACGACAAAGUCUUUUUGUUCUUCUCUGUUUUGAUGCUCAUUUAACAUUUGUUUCACAUGUUCAGAAAACUGUUAAGAAAUUUUUUUUAUCUUAAAAAGUAUUGCUAAAUUGUGUCCAAUGUUGUCACUUCUAGUUGCUGAAAAGCUGAUCAAAUUUUUGUGUUUUCUCGCAUUGACUAUUGUAAUGCUUUAUUGGUGGGGGUCCCAAACGCUACUCUAAAUAAACUACUGAUUGGAGCCAGGAUGAGGUAUCACAUCACUCCAGUCUUGGAGUCUUUACAUUGGCUCCGUGUCAGAUUUUGGGUGGACUUUAAAGUUCUUAUGCUUGCAUAUAAAGUUUUAAACGGUUUAGCUCCUCACUACCUCACUGAGCUUUUAGUUGCCUACACCCCCGUGCGUGCUCUGCGCCCUCGGAAACUGGCCUUUUAGUUGUUCCUAAUACCCGUUUAAAGCUUAUUUCUUUAGGGUAGCUUUUACUUAAAAUUUAUUUAUUUUUUUACUCACUGAUAGUAUGUUCUUAUUUUGUGUGGUUUUAUAUUUGACUUGUUUUAUGUAUUGCUUGUAUAAUUGUUUCUUUUUUCUUUUGUGCAGCGCCUUGAGAUGCUACUUUUAUAGGCGCUUUAGAAAAUAAAGUUUUAUAUUAUUAUUAUUCUCCGAGCUCUUCUGCGGUUUCUCCGACGGAGACAGGU